UCCACAGCACUAUAUAUAGGAGACACAUGCACCAAAAAUGUUAAAGAAAAUUUUUAGCAUUUGCUUUGUUUAUUCAUACAACAAAAAUGGCUAAUGAUGAGGUGAUUCUGUUGGAUUUCUGGCCUAGCAUGUUUGGUAUGAGGCUAAGGGUUGCACUUGCUGAAAAAGAGGUAAAAUAUGAGUACAAAGAAGAGGAUUUGUGGAACAAAAGCCCUUUGCUUUUGCAGAUGAAUCCUGUCCACAAGAAAGUUCUGGUUUUGAUUCACAAUGGAAAGUCCAUAUGUGAGUCACUUAUUGGAGUUGAGUACAUUGAUGAAGUGUGGAAGGACAAAGCCCCUUUGCUUCCUUGUGAUCCUUAUGAAAGAGCACAAGCUAGGUUCUGGGCUGACUACAUUGAUAAAAAGAUGUAUGGUCUUGGAAAGAAGAUAUGGUUAACAAAAGGAGAAAAGCAAGAGGCAAUUAAGAAAGAUUUCAUAGAAUGCCUUAAGGUUCUGGAGGGAGCCCUAGGUGACAAGCCUUAUUUUGGUUUUGUGGAUAUUUCUUUGAUUGGGUAUUACUGCUGGUUUUAUACAUAUGAGACUUAUGGUAACUUCAGCAUAGAAGCUGAGUGCCCAAAAUUUGUGGCAUGGGCCAAGAGGUGCAUGCAGAGGGACAGUGUGGCCAAAUCUUUGCCUGACCAAUACAAGGUGCUAAAAAAGAAGUUUGGAAUUGAAUAAACAGAUGAAUAUGCGGGGAAGUUUUGUAGCGCACUCAAUUGAUUGACUAUUUGAACUCUCAUCAUCUUAUUGAUGAGGACUCUAUUUUCCACUCCAUAAUUCUCUUAAAAACAUAUAUAUAAAAACAUGAAAAAAAUAAAAUAUGCGUAUGCAGUUUAUGCAUCAUAAUAAUGUAUUAAAAAAAAGCACUUCAUUGUGCCUUCUUGAGUUGCAGUUUUCUAUUUAAAAAAGUUUGUUUUGGUCA